AUGGAGGCUGUCUUGUCCGGCGGUCCCGUCCUCGCAGCUACAGCCAUAGCGCUGCUUCUUGGGCUCCUCUGUGUCCGAGUGCUCCUCCGGCAGAGACAGCCGGGAAAGAGGAAGAAGAGAUACGCACCAUUGGUGGGUUCCAUCUUGAAUCAGGCCAUCAACUUCCCCAGAAUCCACGACUACCACACAGACCAAGCCCGCAGGUUCAAAUGCUUCAGGCUGUUCCACCCCAGCCGGGGAUACGUUUACCUGGCGGACCCCCGUGACGUGGAGUACAUCCUCAGCACCAACUUCGCCAACUACGGCAAGGUGAGUUUAGGGGAGCGGCUGGUUCAUCGAAAGAUGCCCACCAGCUACUGCAGAUCUUUCCACAUAGAAUUGCCCCCGUCCACAAGCCCAUACUAGCUGGUGCUUGAAUCGGCGUGACCCUUGCUUCAAUCUUGCAGGGGUCGUACAACCGUGACAACCUCGAGGACCUCCUCGGCGACGGGAUCUUCGGCGUCGACGGCGAAAAGUGGCGGCACCAGAGGAAGCUCGCAAGCCAUGAGUUCUCAACGAGGAACCUGAGGGACUACAGCAGCAACAUCUUCAAACAAGACGCCGUGAGGCUAGCGAAGGUUAUCUCGGAGGCGGUGAGCUCGAACCAGCCAGUUGACAUCCAAGUAAGUUUCGUGGUCGUGCCGACGAAUUUAAUAUUUCUAUGAAGGAUGGUUAUUCACGGCUCUCCGCAGGACUUGAUUAUGAGAUCUACGAUGGAUUCCAUAUUUAAAGUCGGACUCGGCAUGAAGCUCGACACCCUCCGCGGAAGAAACGAGGAAGAGGCCCGAUUCUCCAAGGCUUUCGACGAUUCCAGCGAGCUGGUGAUCUGGCGAUACACAGACGUCUUGUGGAAGGUCAAGAGGGCCCUGAACGUUGGAACCGAGGCCGCAUUGAGGAGAAACAUGACAAUUAUCGACAACUUCAUUUACAAGAUCAUCGACGAGAAACUUGAACAGAUGUCUCAAGGGAGGGUCGACUUGGUUGGUCUCCCCAUCCUCCGCCUCCAUCUUCCAUCACGAUGUUUCACUCACCCUGAUGCCAAUUACCCUCCUGGCGGCAGAUGAAGAAGGACGACAUACUGUCGAGGUUCCUGGAGGCGAGGCAGAAAGAGCCGGAAAAUAUAACCAGAAAGUACCUGAGGGAUACCGUUCUCAACUUCAUGGUCGCCGGAAAGGACACCACGGCUACUGCCCUGUCCUGGUUCUUCUACAUGAUGUGCAAGCACCCGGAUGUGCAGGAGAAGUUGGCGGAACAGGUGGACGAGGCGACCAAGGCGAGAUCCUCCGGGUUGUCCAUGGCAGAGUUCACAGAGAACCUUGGGCUCGUCAACGACCUGCCGUACCUCCACGCCGCGCUGAACGAGACGCUGCGUCUCUACCCCAGCGUCCCACAGGUGACAUCCAACCCCACCGCCUUUAAUUUGCCUGGGGAAAUUGUGUGACACUCAAACAAAGCUCUGGGAGUAACACCGUUUGAUGUUUUUCCAUAUGAAAAGGACUCCAAGAUGUGUUUCUCAGACGAUACGCUGCCAAGUGGGUUCGACGUUAAAGCUGGGGACAUGGUCACCUAUCUGCCAUACAGCAUGGGCAGGCUGAAGGACCUGUGGGGCGACGAUGCGGAGGACUUCCGCCCGGAGAGGUGGCUGGACGAGGGGGGGAGUCUCCGCCAUGAGAGUCCUUUCAAAUUCACCGCCUUCCAGGUGAAAACCUCCCUUCCUUUUAACCUUUGUUUUUCUCCGCUAAGACUCAUCUAAUCCCUUCUUUAAAACGAACAGGGGGGCCCCCGUGUUUGUCUUGGGAGGGAAUUCGCUUACAGGCAGAUGAAGAUCAUCGCGGCCGUCCUCCUCCACUUCUUCAAGUUCGAGAUGGCCGACGACGGGAAGGACAUCCGCUACCGAACCAUGAUAACGCUGCUGAUGCAGGGGCUGCGCCUGCGAGUCAGCCUUAGAUCGUAG